AUGAAACAAGCCCUUCUUUUUGCAAUUGCGGCCUGCGGGCUUGCAGCUGCAUCUUCCACCAACAAUUCUACCAAGCUUUCCGCAAAUGUUUCAUCACAGCCGUUCGAACUCAUCUUCCCCAAGUCGGAGCCCACAAAGGAGCACCCGUGGACUAUAAAAGUAGUCUUAUCCAGAAUUAACACCAAGAAAUCUCGCUUCACUGGUCCAAGCACCACCAAUCUGUCCCUCAGCCUGAUAGGGCAAAAAACGAUUGAACUGCAGGGAGGGACGGCUUACGAAUCGAUACCCACAAGUAGCAAACCCGCCCAGUCGGGACCUUACAACACAGUCACAUUCGAACUCGGCUUCGGUGACAAAUAUACAGGCAACGACAAGCGCAUUUCUGACGCCAUAACUGAUGCGCGUGGUAUGAUUGAAAAGGCCCUCGCGCAGGCAUAUAGCUAUCAAGUCAGCUGUUUUUUGUUCGAUGACAAGGGCCGCAAGAUCGCUUUGUCGCCUGAUCCAUCUGAUCGCGGAAUGGAAAAUACCCGAAGCAGUACUAAUAUCGAAUCGCCUAGUUUCCCUCUAUAUGGAACCACUAAAAAUGCAACUGAAAAACCAGCAAGAAUAGGAGCGGCAUCAUUCUUCUUCGCGUGGGGGACACGAGAAGUGAGCAACGUAACCUGUAGCCUCGAUCUAUUUCAGGGAUUUGAUGGAACUUCUCAAGCCUACCAUGUCACGCUGGAGGACAAACCGGCCAAAGCUGGGGGCAACAUGACGACCGCUCAGGAGAUUCAGUCCUACACAGAGCUGUCGCAAAACUAUACUGGAGUUGCUGAAAAAGUCCCUCAGCCGCCCAAUGGUGGUUUUGAAUCCCAGAACAUUGGCUUUGGCCCUAUGUCGGUAUUCCCACUCCCACCAAAGCGCUCGAACGACUCAACGGCGGAGCCGGGCGGCCCUCCGAAGGGGGUGCUAUCAGGUCUAAAGGCUACCGCAGUUGGAAUGGUAAAAAAAGCCCGUACGCGGGGCUCCAGCGCAAAACAGGAGUACAGCAAGGUAACGAUGGAGGUUGGUGACGCCCUUCGACCCGACUCGCGUUGCCAAAUUCUCGACACAGCAGGAAAGACAAUCAGCGUGGCGGGCGAGGACGGAAAGGCGGUAACGACGUUUCCUAUGGGAAGAUAUACUUUCCAUGAACCCAAGAGAUCGCAAGUGGGGAAAAUAUUGUGUGGCCCGUUUCUCGGACAAUGA